AUGGGACACCAGUGCUGGCAGCCCGACUCUGUGGUCCCAGAGAAGACUACAGUGACCUUCCUAUGUGAGGGGACCACAGGAGCCCAAGAAUACCGUCUGUAUAAAAACGGAAACCGUUAUUUAACACACAGAGAGAGUCCAUUGAAUUCUCACAACAGGGCUGAAUUCUCAAUCUCAAAAAUAGGCCAGAAAGAAGCAGGGCGAUACCAAUGUUGCUACCAGACCAGUGAUGGAUUGUCAGAGUACAGUGAUUCCCUGGAGCUGGUGGUGACAGGGGCCUACAGUAAACCCAGUUUGUCAGCCCAGCCCAGCCCUGUGGUGACUGAAGGAGGGAGUGUCACCCUCCAGUGUGUCUCAAGGCAACGGUAUUAUUUGUUCAGUCUGACUAAUGAAGGACCACAGAAGCGCUCAUGGACACUGGACUCAGAUUAUAAUGGCUCUACUCAAGAAUACCAGGCCCGUCUAUAUGUAGGUCCUGUAACCUCCAGCCAAAGGUGGACAUUCAGAUGCUACAGCUUUAAUGAGAACAACCCACUGAUUUGGUCAGAACCCAGUGACCCCCUGGAGCUCUUGUUCUCAGGGACCCUCCACAAACCCACCAUCAAGGCUGAGCCAGGCCCUGUGAUUGCCUCAGGAAGCCCCAUGAACAUCUCAUGACAGGGGACCCUGGAUGCAAAAAUGUGUUUUCUGCAUAAAGAGGGAAGUCAACAAACCUGGGGUACACAGACCCCAAAGGAGCCUGGGAACAAAUCUACAUUCUCUAUUUCUUCUGUGACAGAGAGCAUUGCGGGGCAAUAUCGCUGUUACUGUUACAGCUCAGCUGGCUGGUCAGAGCUCAGUGACACCCUGGAACUAGUGGUGACAGGAAUCCACAACACUAAACCCCGACUGACAGCACGGUCCAGCCCUGUGGUGACCUCAGGAGGGAACAUGACUCUCCAGUGUGUCUCCUGGGUGUCCUAUAACAAGUACAUUCUCACCAAAGAAGAUCAGAAGUUUUCCAGCUCCCUGAACUCACAGUACAUAGGAAGUAUUAUGCAGUACCAAGCCUUAUUCUCUAUAGAUCAUGUAACAGCAGACCACACAGGGACAUUCCGAUGCUAUGGUUACUACAAGCAAACCCCACAGCUGUGGUCAGCACCCAGUGAUCCCCUGGAAAUACACAUCUCAGGUCUGUCCAAGAAGCCCU